CAAAAGAAAAUCACAGUGGAGGCAUGCUCGUGCUGCUCCCUGACACACCACAGUCUCUCUCUCUCUCAUCCUCUGAAUGAAUCAAGCUUGGAUUCCUGAUAGUGCAAGCAAAGCAAAGCACCAGACACUGCCUAAUUCUUCUCUUCUCUUCUCUUUUUUUUUUUCAUUUUCCUCUCCAUACAUUUUCACUCAUCAGUGUCUCUGCUUCCAUCUCUUCAUCUCUUUUCUCCUGAUUACUAGUGCUACUGCUGCUAGUACUGUACACCACAUGCAAGAUGCAAGCACUGAAAAAUACAAGCUGCAGACAAGAACAGAAGCAGCAAGAAGGAUCUUUGCAGUGAGGCGGCAGGAGGAAGAAGAAGAGGAGUUUGAGGUUGAGGUUGAAGAAAGGAUGGAUCUUUCUGGGACGCAAGGCGAGCUGCCGAUCCCAAUGCACGCCGCCGCCGUCGCCUCGCCGUACGCCGCUGCGGCCAUCGGCGGCUCCGGCGGCCAUGUCAUGGAGCUCCACCACCACAAUGAGCAUGUGAGCAACAAUGGCGGGGGGCACGCUCAGUCUCACGCGCUGCAAUCGCCUGCCGCAGCGGCUGCGGGGGAGAGCUCGCCGGUGGCCAAGAAGCGCGGUCUGUUGGUGGCCGCCGGAACUGGUGGUGGUGGUGGAGGCGCAGGAGCAGGCGCAGCGGCGGUGAAGUACAGGGAGUGUCUGAAGAACCACGCCGCGGCCAUCGGCGGCAACGCCACCGACGGGUGCGGCGAGUUCAUGCCCAGCGGCGAGGAGGGCUCGCUGGAGGCGCUCAAGUGCUCGGCCUGCGGCUGCCACCGCAACUUCCACCGCAAGGACGUCGACGACUUCGACGGCGACAGUUGCGCCACUCACGCGCACGGCCACGGCCUUGGAUACGGCGGCGCCCUCCGCGCCGGCGGCAGCCGUCACCUCCUCGGGCCAGCCGUGCCGCCGCACCACCACAAGAACGGCGGAGGGGGCCUCCUCGUCGCCACCGACCCCUACGGCGCCGCCUACGCCGCGGCGCGCGCGCUCCCGCCUCCGCCGCCGCCGCACGGGCACCACCACCAGAUCAUCAUGCCGCUCAACAUGAUCCACACGUCGGAGUCCGACGAGAUGGACGGCAGCGGCGGCGCCAUGGCCGCGCGCGGCGCCUCGGGGGGAGGCGGCGGCGGCGGCUCAUCGUCGUCGUCCAAGAAGCGGUUCCGCACCAAGUUCACCGCCGAGCAGAAGGCGCGCAUGCUGGACUUCGCGGAGCGCGUCGGGUGGCGCCUCCAGAAGCUCGACGACGCCAUGGUGCAGCACUUCUGCCAGGAGAUCGGCGUCAAGCGCCGCGUCCUCAAGGUCUGGAUGCACAACAACAAGCACAACCUCGCCAAGAAGCCGCUCCCGACCUCGCCGCCGCCGAUGAUUCCCAUGGCCAUGCCGCCGUCGCCGCCAAUGCCGAUGCCGCCGUCGCAGCAGCCCGAGCCGUCGACCUCGCCGCAGCUCAAGCUGGAGUGACCUAGCAGCAUAGCAACCAAACACCAUUGCCAUUUCACUGUUCGAUCGAAGAAGAGAGAAGUGAACUCCCAAAAAAAAAAAAAACUCAAGUUAUCAUCAUCUUUUUCUCCCUUUUUUUCUUGGAUUUUAUUUUCUUUGUCAUAAUGUAGGGGAGCAAGCAUGAGAUGAGGAAGAACAUGCAUCAUAGGUGAACUCUUUCUUUUUUCUGAAUUUCCUGAACUCUAUUUUUUUUUCUCACAUUUUCUUGGUUGGUGUCUCUGACUUAAAUUCUCUAGCUAGCAAGUGCUAGGCUUGGUGAUCUGAGCAUUGAGUUGUUAUGGAUCAGAUGGUGUAUUAAAGAAUUAAUUUU